AAAUGAUAAUAUGUAUAUGCCUUCUUCCCUCAAUUGUUGAACUCGGUCAGAGCCAUAGAAACCCCGUCAAAGCAUACUUGAUCACAUACACCAUGGGCCCGCUCAGAAAGAACGUGACAACAGCUUGCGACGCUUGUAAAAGACGCCGGAUCCGAUGUUCUGGAGGACGACCAGAGUGCGAGACUUGUCAGAGAUUGAACAAAGUCUGCGUCUAUGCAGAAACGGAUGGAAGGCUACUCAACAAGAGAAGAACUGUUGAGGCUUCGGGAACAUGUUCGACAAUCGCGCGGAUCUUGCGAGAUCCGGGAUAGUGAUGCAUCCCUACCGAGUGAGGCUGAUCAUAUACAGCCAAGAUUACCGCCCUUUGGGACAGGAGGCAUGACCCUUGAUAUGGAUGGAAGAUUGCAUUUGACAUCGAAGGCCACAUUUUAUCGCUCCACCGAGGAAAAUUUCAGACCGGAAGAAGGGCUCGAAGCGGAUGUGCCAACAGGAAGGACGACGGUACCGACAACCUUACCGGAAGAUCGAUAUCAUCUCGAGGCAUCUUCGCUGAUCAGCCUCGCUUUCCGAAACACCGUCACUUUCGGUAUAGUGGACUUUUCCAGCGAUUUUUGGCAAGAGCGACGGAAAGAUCCGAUGGGACGGACGCCGUUCUACUCUCGGUUCCUGUACAUUGUGCUUUUGAUAAUCGGCUGGAGGCACCAAGUAGAUAUGGGUGUCAUCGAACGGUUUUACGACCGAUCUCGAGACCGAGGUUUAGAUCUGAUCCGCGUGGCCAGGAGAAUGGUUGAUGAAGAGGCGGAGAAUCCCAAGCUGAGCACAAUACUCGGAUUGUAUCUCUUGUGCUCCUGCUUGGUCGGGAUGGGUCAAGACCGAAUCGCUUCCGUAUACUACUCUAUUGGUAUAUCCCUGGCACAGGAUUUCAAUGUCCAUUUACGAUGCGAUGACCAGCUGACAAAGCUGGACAUGCACGUCGGCUGCGCUCUGGAUCGGGGUCGUCGUUCUGUUGACGCGGCUACCAGAAUCAUCACGGCUUGGUGGUCCUCGUACUUUGCUCGUGGGAGUGUCGCCGAUUGGCAAGCUCGUACCCAGAGACCGCCGUUGACUGGCGGGUCUUCUGCCGAGCUUAUUUAUCCAUAUCAUUUGGAGCUCAGCACACUUGGCAUCCAGAUAUUGCACUGCAGUCAUUCGGUGAUAAUCGGCGACGCCGAAAGAAUCGUACGUGCUAAGAAGGUGCAAGACGACAUGAAAUCAUGGUCUCUUUCGCUUCCUGAAGCCUUGAGAUGGCCCAACGUAUGCGACACUGAACAUGCGUUACCAGGCUACGUUGGCACUGUUCGAGGCCUAUCACAUUUUGCUCUGUCGGCCGUACCUAUUCGGAGGUCGACCUGAUAGCCUGAAUAGCUUAUCGACAUGCAUCGGAGCAGCACGAAAUAUCGUGUCACAGAUUCGUUAUCUUCGGACUCGAUUCGACGUGUGGACGUUCCCCCUCACCGUCCAACAUAUCAUUUACGUCGCUGGCACCGUUAUCAUCGUUCGGCUCUCGGGCGUUGCCCCAUUGGAGGCAGGGGAUUCUU